GUGUGCUUUAAUGAAAUCAACGGCACCUUGUGGCUGAGAAGUACGAAUUCUAGUUGUGGAUCCUAAGAGAGAAAAGUUUUGAACCAAGAGGAAUGCAUACAAAGUCAUUAAAAGUUGUUUGUCAAUUCAAUCUGAAUACAAAUACUUUUGAAAUUUCAAACAACAAUCAAUGCAUAUUGUCAUACACGGCUUUUGGAACUGAGCUUCAAAGCCUUGAGCAAAAUAAUUUAAAGAGUCCAAACUUUCUAGACUUUACAAGGAAUGAAACUUUUUCUAAAGACUUUUAAGAGCUGUA